UGUAUUGUGUGUGUUUGUCUUGAACACUAUUCGCAUACCAAAUUCAAACUGCUCCCCACACGUGUUUGGCAGCGAAUUACGAUUUAUGUUUUAUAAUUACAAGGCCUCAAAGACUGUGCCUUAAAGUUCAUAAUUCACAUCGAUCAUUAUCUCGGUUUUUGCAAAUUGUAUACAAUAUGAUCAAUACUGCCACGCCCCCUGGCUUAUUGCAUAUGGAUAAGCCAUGGUCGGCUUUCUAUCAAAUUUUCAUGGAUUUAAUUGUGUUCGCAUUGAAAUCUAUUUUCUAUAUAUUGGAAUCGAUAUAUUAUACAAUACUGCCGCAGCGCUUUAGAAAGUUGAAGAACAUCUCCGGGCAGGUGGUGCUCAUCACAGGUGGAGGUGGCGGUGUGGGCCGCUUGAUAGCGCUCAACUUUGCUCGGCUGGAGGCACUCAUCGUCAUCUGGGACAUCAACCAAGAAGCCAUCAAGACGACGGUGGAUCUGCUGGCGCGGCAUGGCUACAACAAUUGCAAGGGUUAUGUGGUGGACAUAUCGGAUCGGGAGCAGGUCUAUCAACGUGCCGCGCAAAUCACCGAGGAUGUCGGUCAUGUGGACAUAUUGAUCAACAAUGCGGGCAUUGUGUGCUGCAAACCCUUCUGGGAGCUCCACGAUCGCGUCAUCCAAAACACCUACAACAUUAAUAUCAUCUCACAUUAUUGGACUGUUAAGGCUUUUCUGCCCCACAUGAUGCGUCACAAUCGUGGACAUAUUGUUACCGUAGGCUCCGUGACGGGCAUGUUGGGCACUUACGGUUGCAGUGAUUAUGCUGCCACCAAAUACGCCUGUAUCGGUUUCCAUGAGAGCCUGCUGACGGAUCUGAAGGCCCAUGGCUAUGAUCGCAUCCAGAUGAGUCUGAUUUGUCCGUAUUACAUUAAUACGGGCAUGUUUGCCGGCGUCAAGCCGCGCAUGUUGCCCAUGCUGGAGCCACAAUAUGUUGCAGAUCGCAUCGUCGGCGCUGUCCGCCGUAAUGAGAUCUGGUGCGUUCUGCCCAACUCCAUACGCCUGUUGACUCCGCUUAAAUGCUUGUUGCCAGCCAAAGUGUGCUGGGAGCUGAUGUCGCGUGUUAUGCGUGGUCCAGAGUCCAUGAUGAUGUUCCAGGGACGUGGUCGAGUCGCCGCCGGCUAGCAAAGCACUCCUUUAAUCUAUAUAAAUAAUAAUAAUAAUUAUAAUAGUUGUUAAAUGUUAUUGUAUUUAAAAUGGUGGUUUAAUUUGGAUUGGAUUGCUUCCCAGUUUCUUGAGACUGCAUCGAAAAUGAGAAAAAGGCAACAUAUUUUUGGGAUUGACGACUUUCGGCAAGCCUAUCUAAUUCAUAGAAAUUUUUUUUUCUCAUAUUUAGAAAUUAUUUAAAAAAACAAGAUACAUUUUGGAGCUAAGUCUGCUAACUGCGAUAGAUCUGCUUAGAAAGGAGUUUCUCAUGGCGCUUAGUCUUUAUGGGAUUCCAACACCGUGCUUAGUCUCCUCCUGAAAUAAAAGAAGUCUUUAGAUGUUU